GAGAUGCAAACGACAUGCAAAUGAGGCGCGCCGUGCGGAAGCGCUGCGAGGAGGCGGCGGCGGCGGCGGCCGGACCCGGGGGGCGCGGGUGACCGGAGGUGACAGGAGGUGACCACAGGUGACUGUCGACCACCCCCCGCCAUGACGGCGCCGCCGCGCCGCGUCCGCCUGAAGCCGUGGCUGCUGGCGCAGGUGGAGAGCCAGCGCUACCCGGGGCUGCAGUGGGUGGACAAGCGGCAGCGCCUCUUCUGCAUCCCCUGGCACCACGCCACGCGCCACCUCCCGCCGCAGGAGGACGACGGCACCAUCUUCAAGGCGUGGGCCAUGGAGACGGGGAAGUUCACGGAGGGGGUGGACGAGCCCGACCCCGCCAAGUGGAAGGCCAACCUGCGCUGCGCCCUCAACAAGAGCCGCGAGUUCCGCCUGCGCUACGACGGCACCAAGGACGCACCCCCCAAGCCCUACAAGGUGUACGAGGUGUGCGAGGCCGACAGCGCAGAAGCGGUGGCCGGGGACGACUUCAGCUGCAGCGGGGAGGAGGAUGUGAGCCAGCUGCAGAAGCUGAUGUCCCUGAGCAUCGAUGGUGAGCCGGCCGCGGGGGGUGCCCCGUGGGGGGGCGGUGAGGUGGGGGCGUCCUCGGCCGCCCCCCAACCCCGCUGCCCCCCAGACGCCACCGUCCACGCCAGGGACCUGCUGCCCCCCUACCCCUGGCCCAAGGAGGAGCCCCCCUUUGGCAGCACCUGCCCCGUGGGGCCCUUCCUGCCCGGGGGGGCGGUGGCGGCCCCCGAGCUGCCCCCCGGCGCCGCCGGCACCGCGCCCCCCCCAGCCGCCCUGGCGCCCAUGGAGCACGGGGUUCCCAACCUGCUCAUCAGCCCCCACUUGCUGCCACUGACCGACCUGGAGCUCAAGUUCCAGUACCGGGGCCGCCAGGUCUGCGUCCUCACCAUCAGCAACCCCCACGGCUGCCGCCUCUUCCACAGCAGCCUGGAGCCCACGCAGGAGCAGGUGGAGCUCUUCGGGCCGCUGACGCUGGAGCAGGUCCGCUUCCCCGCCGCCGACGGCAUCCCCAACGAGAAGCAGCGCUUCUACACCCACCAGCUGCUGGACGUGCUCGACCGCGGGCUCAUCCUGGAGCUGCAGGGCCAGGACAUCUACGCCAUCCGCCUCUGCCAGUGCAAGGUCUUCUGGAGCGGGCCCUGCGCCGCCCACUGCGCCGGCCCCAACCCCAUCGAGAGGGAGAAGAAGACCAAGCUCUUCAGCCUCGAGGGGUUUCUCAACGGCCUGAUCCUGUUCCAGAAGGGGCAGACCACCACGCCGCCCCCCUUCGAGAUCUUCUUCUGCUUCGGCGAGGAGUGGCCGGACCAGAAGCCCAAGGAGAAGAAGCUGAUCACGGUGCAGGUGGUGCCGGUGGCGGCGCGGCUGCUGCUGGAGAUGUUCUCGGGGGAGCUGUCGUGGUCGGCCGACAGCAUCCCGCUGCAGAUCUCGCACCCCGACCUGAAGGACAGGAUGGUGGAGCAGUUCAAGGAGCUCUACCAGCUCUGGCAGAGCCAGCAGCGCCUGCCGCAGCCCCCGGCGCGCACCGAGCCCGGCCCCUGGGCGCUGCCGCCCGGGUCCCUGCCCCAGUGAGGGGACAUGGGGACAGCCCCGCGCUGGCACCAUGGUGCCUGAUGUCACCGCCAGGCUGGUGGAGACGGGGUCACCCAGCACCACAGGACCACGACGGGGCAGGGACGGGGCUGUGCUUGCCCGCCGGGGAGCUGUCACCAGGCUGCAGCAGAGACACGGGACCAAGAGUGUGGUGCCGCAGCUCCCCGGGCAGGUUUGGGGAGAAACGGCGAGAAAAUGGGGCCAGGAUGGGGACACCCAGCACCAGCAGGGCCAGCGGGGCAAAUGGCUCUGGGGACAUCAGCGCUGCAAGGACACCGCAUCUCGAGGGCCACCGCCACCACUCCAGGCCCUCGGUGCCCCUCCAGCCACGACGUCCUCCCCACCCCGCGUGCACCCAAGAACCAGGCGGAGCCGCGGGUUUUUAAUUUAUUUUUCUUUUUUUUUUUUUUUUUUUUUGGAAUUUUGUGUUUAAUUGUUCUCGAGAUGGCUACAACACCAGACGGAACAGCAUGCGCGCCCGCGGGGCCCCGCGCGCCCGGGGCCAUCUCCCAGCCCUGUCCCUGCACUCGCUCGAGCCGUCUCCGCCGCGCUCGGUCAAACCCCAAAGAAACCAAAUAAUAAUAAAAACAAAAAAAAAAUAACCAAACCAAAAAGAAAAAAGCUAAAAAAAGAAAAAAUAUAUAAUAUAUAUUU